AUGGCCACGUUAACCAUCAUUGUUUUGGUCAUUGGUCUGACUGUUUUGUGGAGAUGCAGAACAAAGUUAUUCAGAGCAAGAACUGUGUAUGAAAACGGAAGCCUUGUGGUCUUCUCAUUUGCACAAAUAAAGAACUCAACAAAAAAAUUCUCUGAAAAACUCGGAGAAGGUGGUUUCGGCUGUGUUUUCAAGGGGACAUUGCCAGGUUCUGCUGUAGUGGCCGUCAAAAGGCUAAAAUGCCUUAGGCAAGGUGAGAAGCAGUUUCGAGCAGAGGUGCAGACCAUUGGGAUGAUUCAACACAACAAUCUUGUCCGUCUACUUGGAUUCUGUGCUGAUAGCAGUAGCAGGUUAUUGGUGUAUGAGUACAUGGAAAAAGGUUCUUUAAACUCACAUCUCUUCUGCAAGGAUUCUGCAAAACUGAGCUGGAAACUGCGGUACCAUAUAGCACUUGGAACAGCAAGAGGCCUGGCUUAUCUGCACGAGGAGUGCAAGGAUUGCAUUAUACACUGCGACAUGAAGCCGGACAAUGUACUUCUUGAUGCACAGUUCUGUCCCAAGAUUGCCGACUUUGGUAUGGCGAAGCUUCUUGGUCGAGAUUUCAGUAGGGCCCUGACAACAAUGAGAGGGACCAUCGGAUACCUUGCACCGGAGUGGAUCUCAGGGCUGCCGAUCACACACAAGGCUGACAUCUACAGCUAUGGAAUGAUGCUUUUUGAAAUCAUAUCAGGGCGAAGAAAUGCGGAGAAAAUUAAAGAAGGGAACUUUACUUACUUUCCCAUCUUUGCUGCAGUCAAGCUGCAUGAAGGGGAUGUUAUGUGCCUGUUGGAUAGAAGGUUGGAAGGCGAUGCGGAUGUGGAGCAGCUGAGCAGAGCUUGCAGAAUUGCAUGUUGGUGCAUUCAAGAUGCUGAAGAUCAUAGGCCAAUGAUGGGGCAAGUUGUUCAGAUGCUAGAAGGUGUUCUGGAUGUCGAAUUACCUCCCAUUCCAAGGUCACUGCAGAAUUUUGUGGGUAUGGAGGAUUGA